ACAUUAAGAAAGUUAUCUUUUCAAAAUAAUCAAAUUGAAUAUUUGCAAAAAGGUUUGUUUGACGGACUGAACGAUCUUGAAGAGAUUAUUUUAAAGAACAACAAAAUCAGCUCAGUUCACGAUGAUGUCUUCAAAUCUCUCAAAGUUUUACAAGAGUUACAUUUGCAUUCAAACUUCUUGACUACUGUACCAAGAGAUUUUUUGAAGAACGAUUCUCGCAUGCUGAAGCACAUCAGCCUACACAACAACUCGUGGGAUUGUUCUUGCGGAAAUAAAUGGUUGAAGCAAUGGAUG